AUGUGUAUGCACUUUGUAUAUUCACAAAAACAAAAAGGAAAAUUAGCAAGAAACAAUGAAGACUUCCAUGAGCAUGAUCAUCAUCUUCUUUGUGACCUUCUUCGCUAUCUCUGCUUCUUCCUUGAACCCUGAGGAAGAUUGCAUACAGAGAAACAUCGACAGGUCACAACCUCCAAGCUUGUCACUCGAACCGCCCAAGACGUCAAAGGUCGAGGCUGUUGUGGACAAGUUGUGCGGAGACAUGGCUCGUGCGGUCAUGUUCUCUGUGAGGAUAACCGGAAAAUUCCCAUCUCACUAUGUUAAGUCGAUGUGUAAUGUGUUUGGAAAUGAUGACAAGAAAGUGAAGGAGUAUGUUGUGAAGAAAUGGUUGGGAGGUUCGAAGCUCGCCUCUAGUUUAUCUUGUGCUUUUCCCUGA